CGGAACUAAACAACAUGCCACUAAGUCAGCUCGUUACUAUCAUAGUACACAAACACCAGGCGGCGGAUGCAAAUGUUGAUAAAAGGGUGGAUUAGCCUGCUGGAGGUGCUUUUUGUGACGCGUGAGCGAUGUCUCUGAACACUAUAGAAGAAGUGAAUUACCAUUGGUGUUGAAAAUUGGAAUCUUUUUUUCUUUAUGCAGCGGUGUGCAGCAGAUUUCCAAACUGAUUUCCCUUUCCGAUUCUGACUCCCUUUGACAACUUCAUCCAUAUCGUGUGCCUGCAGCUGAAACAAUAUUGCCUGGUCGGAUAAUUGAAGGAAGCGGCCUAUUCCAAGUUUUUUCCUCUGAUGGGAUUAGUGUCUGUCGUUAGUGUUGGUUAGUUAUUUUCAUCACUCCCAUCUUCUUUAUGCUCACUUGAAAUCCUGUCUCUGCUUUCAUCUUAUUCCAUCAGGUUUUUGGUUUUCGGCUGUAUAUCUUUGAGUUUAUGGGAUAAUAGAAACUAAUCAUCCGUGAAAUCCGUAUCUUCUAGAGUCUUCUUAUCGGUUCAGCAUAUUCCUGUCUUGUUGCUCCCCAUGUACGGCGUUCCACAUAAUUCAGUCCAUCACAUUUGGGAAUAUCCUCGUGGGAGGCAGCUUUUACUUACUCCUGCUUCCACUUCAAAGGUUUCGCUUAAUUUUCGUUGGCUUAAUCAUAUAGCUGUUAAAGGGGGGUUCAAUGAAGAGUAUUUAUUAAUUUUUUGGCACCCUGACCUCUGAAUUCUAACUUCAACUUGAAUUUUGUGAUAAAAGCAUUUUUAGGAAGUUCAUUACGAGCAUCAAUUAGCUUUCAUCACCCCUACAUCAUUUUGAUUAUCCUUCCUGUCAGAAAACCGGCACUCUACUCAUUGGAGUUCUGUAUAGAAGUCCCUAUUGUCAGUGUGAUGACUUCAUUUUAGAUCACCUCAAACAAUGGAGUAAACACAGUAGCUGUCUUAUUCUAGGUGAUUUUAAUGCACCUCAUAUAGACUGGGUAGCUGUCACAUCUCCAGGAUCCGCUGAUAAGUUUGACAGCCGGUUACUCUUGACAACCAUGGAAAAUGCCCUGACACAACAUGUCUUAGGUAGUACAAGAUUCGGUUCUACCCAAGGAUCUUCCUUGCUGGACUUAGUGCUUACUCAUGACAACGACGACGUGGAUGGUCUAGUUAUUCAUCCACCUCUAGCAAACAGUGAUCAUGGGGUGUUAGAUUUUAACUUAAGGGCUGGCAAUUUAGUCAGUUUUCAACCCAAAUCCCGGCCUAGUGUUUGGCAUGCUGACAUAGUGGCUAUAAAGGAGCGUGCUUCAACUGCCGACUGGUCAGUCAACAUUGUCUCAUCCAUUGAAGAUGAAUGGGAUAGAUUUAAGAAUACACUUGAGAGGGUUACCACUGAUCUCAUCCCCUGGAGGGUUCCUAAAAGGCCAACAAAUCGGCCACCAUGGAUAAAUAGACAAGCUAUAACACUCCUGAGACGGAGAAAAAGGUUCUGGAAUCUCUUUGUUUCUACUGGGCUACAGCAGUUCCGGCUGAAAUACUGUGAAACCAGAAACCAGUGUAAAACUUUGAUCCACCAGUCAAGGAUAGCUUACGAAACCCAGUUAGUUAAAAGUUCACCAGGCUGCCCAAAAAGACUCUUCUCAUAUAUCAAGAGAAGAACACGUAAGAGUGAUGCUAUCCCACCUCUUAUGCUUGAAGAUGACCAGACAAACAUGGCUGAGGAUAACUUGACUAAGGCUGAGGCUUUGUCCAAGCACUUUAGUCAAGUAUUCUCUGAUAAUAUUGAUACCAGCUUUGUAAAUUUUCCAAAAGGUAACUUGAAAAUGGCACCCUUAUACAUUGGAAAGGAUACUGUCCUAAAGUGGCUUCUAAGGCUCAAUCCUGGUAAGUCCAGUGGCCCUGAUGAACUCCACCCACGUAUAUUAACAGCAUUGGCUGAAAGCAUAGCCGAGCCAUUGUCGGUAAUCUUCAAUAUGUCUCUGGACCAGUCUAAAUGUCCAAGAGACUGGAAAGAUGCCAUCAUUAGUCCGGUCUUCAAAACCGGAUCUAGAAACUUAGUUCAGAACUAUCGUCCUGUUAGUUUGACCAGUAUUGUUGUUAAACUACUAGAAAGAAUAAUUCGUGAUGCUAUCAUUCAGUUCAUUGAAGGGAACAAACUUUUCGCUGUGGAACAGCACGGUUUUAGAGCAGGUCAUUCUUGCUUGACCAACCUUCUUUUGGCCAGAGAAAGUUGGGCAAGCUCAGCUGAUGCUAAUAUACCGGUGGAUGCCAUAUUCAUAGACCUUAGCAAGGCGUUUGACAGGGUUUCUCAUUCAGGUCUUCUAGUAAAGUUAGGUAGUCUGGGAAUCAAUAAAGUGGUUACCGACUGGAUUCAAGACUUUCUAAAGGACAGAAGACAAAGAGUACGAGUUAACGGGGUUUUAUCAACAUGGGAAUCGGUUAAGAGUGGCGUUCCUCAGGGUACAAUUCUAGGCCCACUUCUUUUCCUGAUUUAUGUUAAUGAGAUUCCAUCGGUAGUUAAGUCAUCCUGCUUACUGUUUGCUGAUGACAUCAAGAUAUGGAGGGCUUUGCACGAUGACAGUGAUCAACUUGCUUUGCAGGAAGAUUUAAACUUGUUAAGUGAUUGGUGUAAGCACUGGGCCUUGGAGAUUAACUUAAGCAAGAGUGUAGUUAUGCAUGUAUCCCAUAGUCACGUGCACAAUUACUCAAUGAAUGGCAUUACUCUCCCAGUGGUCACUGAGUACAAGGACUUGGGAGUGGUUGUGCAGCAUGACUUGAAAACAGCAACAAACUGUAGAACUGCAGCCACUAAGGGUUUUCGAAUGUUAUGGGCCAUACGCAAGGCUUUUGCGAACUUUGACGCUGAUAUAUUUCGUAUAUUAUAUCCGACUUAUAUCAGACCUCAUUUGGAAUAUGGGAUCCAGGCAGCGAGCCCGUGUUUCAAAUACGAAAUAGACUUAUUAGAAAGGGUGCAAAGAGUAGGAACUAAGCUAAUAAAGGGUUUCUCAACCCUGUCAUAUGAGGAGAGGUUAAGUCGACUGGGUUUAUUUCCACUGUCAUACAGACGACUUAGGGGUGACCUAAUACUAGCAUACCGUAUCCUAAGAAAUGAUUUUGGAGCUAAUUUAUCUAAAUUAUUUCUUCCUUCUAGCACCAACCAAUUGCGAGGACAUCACCUCAAGGUUCAAAAACCACGGUCGAAUCGUCUGCGUCUGGAAAUCCGUUUUUCGCAUCGAAUUGUGAACCAUUGGAACUCCCUACCGGAACACGUCGUAUCAGCGCCAUCCGUUGAUUCAUUCAAGGCGAGAUUGGACCUCCUGUAUGCAAUAAAUCGAAAGGAUUAACACAGGCAUAUAGCCUACUAUCCUAAAUAAACUGUAAACUGUAAAAGAAAUCUUACUUAAACGAUGCUUUACUGAACAAGAAAUAAUCAAUUCUGAUGACUCCCUUCGCAAGUUUUACACCUUUCAAAAUACGAUUUCUGAACGCGCGACUGUUCUGUCUGUCUCAUUGUCAGUUAAGUCCCGAUCUGACUGUUCCAAAAGGAAUAGAUUUUUGUCGAACAUAAGCAACCGAUCCGAGCUAAAUGCAUAGAGGGUAAAGCAUUAAAUACAUUGGGCGAGUUCUACUCUCUGACCUUUCUUGGUGAUCCCAUAUCUUUUCAAUUUUUUAGAAAAUGUUCAGUCUAACCUCUUAUAUUAAGAAGUUGAGACAAUCUAGAAUCACUCAACCUCUACUUUUACAAUUUUUUAACUCUUUCGUCUUAGCUAUUGUUCUUUAUUAUUAUUUUAUUAUUGUUCCCUUGGGUUCCUAGAGGAAAAUAGGGCUUCAACUGCACGUCUCCACUUUCUACUGUCUUCUGAUGUACUUUUUACCUGCAUCCAUGUUAGUCCAUACUGUUUCAACUCCUCUUCACACAAUCUCCUCCAUGUCACCCUUGCACUGACGUCCCACUUGUCGCUUCCCUUUUGGGUUCCAUUCAAGCAAUGGCCUGACGCGCGCGCGAUGUCACCCAGUGGCCUCCUCAGCGAGUGUUCAAUCCAAUCUUUAUGGCUUUCCUUAAGUCUUCCCUGGACUACUCAAAAAGGGCUAAGUCAUUUUGAGAAAGGUAUUAGAGAUUGUUAGUCAGCUCGUUACUGUAGUAUUCGAAAAAUGCCUGAACUCAUGCGAGAAGUGAGUCGAGUCCAUAUUGUCCGAUACUCAACGCUGUCAAUAUUCACAACUCUCUCCCACCUUGUGUCUCAUCUGGUAGAACUAGAAUUCAUUAUAAAAUAUUAUAUGCUUGCUCGUUCAGUCAAGUACAGAAAUUAAAUGAUACCAUAUUUGGUGUGUGUGCGUCGGUGGCAUAGCGGUUAGGACGCUCGCCGACCAUACAAAUGGUCCAGGGUUCGAUCCCCGGCCACGGACGCACUCCUUUACCUCGCUAAGCCAGAAAUAAUUCUGGUAAAGAGGAAAGGUUGGACAUGAGGCUAGCAACCCCACCCUGUAAAAUAAACACUGAUACAGAAACUUCAAGCCUCUAGCUUGAAGCCCUAUGUUUCACUGGGGAACGUGAAGGAAAAAAAAGUAUUUGGUGUGUGAGCGUCCUAUGUGACACAGAUAGUGUUAAGCGAGGAACCAACGACUUGCAAUGUUAUUAGCAAAAUGUUUGGCUCUUUCAUCCUCUCCUAUUUGUAAUCUAGGCUGACACGAUUCUUAAUUAACUUAUAAUUUUAGAUAUUAACAUUACUAUCCUCAUUAUUUUACACUUUUUGUACAUUUUUGACCUCAUUGUCACUGCAAAUACCAAAAAUCUGCCAUUAUUAAUCCUCUAAUAUUAAUUUUUAACUUUUACUUUUGCUUUUAUCGAGAAGAUUAGAUGUAAUAAUGUACAAAAUGCUGAAAACUUCACACUGUAUCAUAAGGACUGUUUUGAAAUAAAGCAAAUUAUUAUC